GGAAAUGACGCCGGUGCAGAAAAUGGCGUCCGCAGAGCCUGUGGUCCGCUGUGGCUUUUUACCCGUUUAAUUUAGCUCCGUGUGGGGGGUCUGUGCGAUUGGCAGAUGGACGCUGAUGCCAACAUGGCAGUGCAACGCUGCCACCCGCUUUCUUGAUCUCGGAAUCGAACUCGCAACUUGAUGUCCGACGGAGCCAGAGCUGGCUGGUCGAAGAGGGGUUGUGGAGAUUCGCACCGCCGAGAACCAGGCAAGCACAAACACAGGAAAUGCGAGCGGCCCCUUAGCGCUCAGCCGUCGAAGCCUGUGAUUGUUCGCCCGGGCUCCAAAAGGUGUGUUAUGUCGGGGGCGGAUGUGGAGGUGUACCUGUCUCAGGUGCACGAUGGGAGCGUGUCGUCGGGCUUCAGGGCGCUGUACGAGGAGCGUCUGCUGCUGGACGUCACGCUAUUGAUCGAGGAGCACCACUUCCAGGCCCACAAGGCGCUGCUGGCCACCCAGAGCGACUACUUCCGGGUCAUGUUCACGGCAGACAUGAGGGAGCGGGACCAGGACAAGAUCCACAUGAAGGGGCUGACGGCUGCUGGGUUCGGCCACAUUCUCCGCUUCAUGUACUACGGCUCGCUGGAGCUCAGCAUGCCCACGGUGCAGGAGAUCCUGCAGGCGGCCAUGUAUGUCCAGCUGACGGAGGCGGUGGAGUUCUGCUGCUCCUUCCUGCUGGCUAAGAUCUGCCUUGAGAACUGCGCCGAGGUCAUGCGUCUCCUGGAGGACUUCAGCGUGGGCGUGGAGGGCGUCCAGGAGCAGCUCGACAACUUCCUGCUCGAAAACUUUGUCCCACUCAUGAGCCGACCCGACUUCCUGUCCUACCUCAGCCUCGAGAGACUGCAGGCGUACUUGAACAGCGACGCUCUGAGUCGCUUCCCAGAAAUCGAGCUGUACGAAGCAGUGCAGGCGUGGCUGCGGCACGACCGGCGGCGCUGGAGGCACACGGACACCAUCGUGCAGUCCAUCCGCUUCUGUCUCAUGACCCCGGCCAACAUCUUUGAGAAGGUGAAGACGUCGGAGUUCUACCGUUACUCCAGGCAGCUGCGGCAGGAGGUCGAUCAGGCUCUCAGCUACUUUCAUGAUGUCAACCAGCAGCCUCUGGUGGAGACGCGCUCCAACCGCAUCCGCUCCGUCCGCCCGCAGACGGCCGUGUUCAGGGGAAUGAUUGGCCACAGCAUGGUCAACAGCAAGAUCCUCCUGCUGCAGCGUCCAAAGGUGUGGUGGGAGCUGGAGGGACCUCAGGUGCCGCUGCGACCCGACUGCCUGGCCAUCGUCAACAACUUCGCCUUCCUGCUGGGCGGAGAGGAGCUGGGGCCCGACGGUGAAUUUCACGCCUCCUCUAAAGUGUACCGCUACGACCCUCGACAGAACUCGUGGCUACGCAUGGCGGACAUGUCUGUGCCCAGGUCAGAGUUCGCCGUGGGCGUCAUUGGAAAGUUUAUUUAUGCCGUGGCGGGCCGCACGCGAGACGAGACCUUCUACUCCACGGAGCGAUACGACAUCACAGAGGACCGCUGGGAGUUCGUGGACCCGUACCCCGUCAACAAGUACGGCCACGAGGGAACCGUCCUGAACGGGAAACUGUACAUCACGGGCGGCAUCACCUCCUCCUCCACCUCCAAACAGGUGUGCGUGUUCGAUCCGGGCCGGGAAGCAGGAGGUGGGGGCGGAGGGGGGAGCGCGGGCGGGUCGGACUCACACAGGACACGCGCUGGCCGCGGCCCGCUGCUGCCCGGCACCCACGCCAGCUGCUGGGAGAACAAAUCUAAAAUGAACUACGCCCGCUGCUUCCACAAGAUGAUCUCUCACAACGGGAAGCUGUACGUGUUCGGAGGCGUGUGCGUGAUCCUGCGGGCGUCCUUCGAGUCGCAGGGCUGCCCGUCCACGGAGGUGUACAACCCAGAGACUGACGAGUGGACCAUCCUCGCCUCCAUGCCCAUCGGGCGCAGCGGUCACGGGGUGGCGGUGCUGGACAGGCAGAUCAUGGUGCUGGGCGGUCUGUGUUACAACGGCCAUUACAGUGACUCCAUCCUCACAUUCGACCCAGAGGAAAACAAGUGGAAGGAGGACGAGUAUCCCAGGAUGCCUUGCAAACUGGACGGUCUGCAGGUGUGCAGUCUGCACUUCCCAGAGUACGUGCUAGAGCAUGUGAGACGCUGCAGCUGAGGUCUGCUCCACCGCACGCCUCCUUUUAUAGAAACGCACCGUCACGGACUGAAGUUUCCUGCUGAGGGGUGGGGGGGGGCGGGAUCAGGUGUUUACAGGUGGGAGACUACAGGCUUUUAAACUGGAGACCAGCACUUACCUUAAGGUGAGGAAAAUGGCUGGGGCCAUAGCGUUGCUCUUCCUAAACGAAGGAAGCAGCAGUCAAAGCGUGGCGCGUGAGACGCCACCCGUGAACAUUUUUAGCUUUCUCAGAAAAUACAGGAAAAAGUAAUCGUUUGGAGGAAAGAAAAAUGGUUUCAUUCUGCCGCUUUAUGUUCGGACUAUGGUCAGCUUCCUGUUCUACUUCUCACCUUCUGUAUUUAGGCGCUCCGGUCAGGCUUACCGCAGAAACGCACUGGAAGCGCCCGAUUCUGAUGCACCAGUCGAACAGACCUGCACCACAAAUCCUACUUGAAUUAGGUUCAUUUCUUUUGAAGCCAUCUGUUAGUGAGUGAUUAUAUCAAACACUGGAAAAUGCCCUAUAAAUAUAUAACAACAAACAUGCAGUCGGGUAUAGAAACAAGAUGCAACACUGUAUACACUGUAGUGUAGUCAUUUUAGAGCCUCUCCAAAUAUACAACUGUCAACGCUUUAUCCUGCUAACGGCUAUCAGCUGUUAUGAAUUCGCUUCCAGUGCGUUCCAGCUUUCAGUCCUAAUUCAGCUCUUUGCUCCCAGAUAUCAUCAAACUACGCUCAUGUUCAUCCAGCACAGCAUCACUGUCCUCCUCUUCCUUCCUCUGUCUCACAGUUUGAGAGUAAAUGUAUCCUGACAGUGAUGAUGAUGAUGAUGAUGAUGGACUCACACAGCUUUACUCACUCUCAUCUACAUUCCCUGCACUUUAUUGGUUGUUAUUGUGUGUAAAUGCACAAUUUUCCCCUCCCAGCGGCUGAAUGUGCUGUAAUGCUGGAGACGCGUGUCUGAAAUUAACUUUAUGGCUGACAAGUCAAGACUGACUAAAAGAGUUGAAACAUUUGAGAAACAAUGGACCUCAUGCAAGAACAUUUUAAUGCAUUAUGCUGAUGAUAAAGGACCAGAAACGAUUAUAAAACCAUUAACCAGAGUGAUGUUGUCAGAAGUACUGUUAGCUGUAUGAAAAAUGAGUUUUGAGGCUGAAUAUCAAACUCUAAAGUAGUUUUCUUGUUAAGCAUAAAAAGUGACAUAAUUGUACCCACUCAACAUUUAAAAUGAAGACAGUGCACCCUGUCUUAGAACAAUAUUCCAUUUUAACCUCUUUGAGAAACAAUAGCUUGUUUAUUACCCUUACAGCCAAGUUUCUGCCACUUAGCAAAUACAUUUGAAUAUAUGACUUAAGGGUCACAUGAAAUUUCUUAAUGCUGUUGAGAUCUGCUAAGCUUACUGGUAUAACUACAAUCCGGUUUAGCUAAGGCUAGCUCUGACAAUAUUAGCUGGUGCAUCAGCACCUAGCAUUAUAUCCUACUGAGUUAAGUAGUACAUUUAACUGUUGUUUUGUAAUGCAUAUUACAGUUGCAUCAUUGGUGAUUUUAAAGACACUUUAAAUUACAACUUGCAUGAAAAUACCAAAAAUAAGAGUAUCUAUUCAGAUUUAUGCAAACUAGCAUUAGCCACAGUUUGACUGACUUUUAUCUCUUUCUGUUCUAAACUGGUUUAGCUGCAGUCAAAUGAUCUUUAAACUCAUUAAAAUGAAUGGUAAUUUCCAGAUGACAAAUAGGACAAUAUUUAUACCUAUCUCUAUUCAGGCUUUAAGGUUAGCUGCUAUUACAACAGCAGCUAGCUUUUUACUGUUUAAGCCGCCAACCUUAGCAGUGCUAACUAUCUAGUUAACCAUCUAUGGAACCUACUAAAAGCUGCUUAGUUAGCUGGUGUUUGCAGGAGUUUAGCUCCUUUAACUUUAUUAUGAACUUAUUAAAAUGGUCUCUGUAACAUAUCAAACUGAACAACCAAAAUGUUAGUCUUAUAAAUUUACAGACAGCAACACAGGGUUUUUAAUUUUAGCUAAGAUUAGCCUUGGCUAUCUGAAGAUGGCCAUCUGCCUUUGGCUGUCUAAUUGGUUUUCUUUCCAAAGCUGUAAAUGUAUUUAUCACUUAUAGUGGGGAAAAGUAGUUUAAGAAAGAUGAACCAUAACAAUAAGUCCAAAAGUAAAUUUUCUGUUUUACAGCAUUGCCAAGCUAAUUGGUGUUAGCUUGAAGACAUGGUUUGUUUCAAUUGUGUCAUUUCUAUGGAAGGUUGUUUCUACAACUUGAAGGGAGAAAAUCCUAUAAAAAUGAAUAUAAAUCUGUAUUUUUGGUCAUCGCAAAACUUACUGAAUAUUUAUACUUAAAUCUUCAAGUUUGGUAUCACAAAAAUUUUGACUUGCUUAAAAGUAACUUAAUGUCUAACUUGGACAUUUAGACAAAAUUUCAAGAUGCUGAAGUGAAAUUUUGUUGCAAGUUGAAAUUUUUACUUUGUUCAAUCCGGCAGCUUCUUGUUUUGUUUGUUUUGUUUUUUCUUUUUUUCAGGGGUGAAAAUAAGCUUCCAUAGAUUGCACAUCUCACAAUGAAAUACAGAAGUAGUAAAAUAUAUUUAAAUAUUUAUAAUAAUUUAAAAAAAGAUCUUUACGCGAAAGUAGCUAACUCAGACUCUAACUGUAGCUUUGUAGUUACUAUGCUUUUGUUUAUAAUCUAUUCCAUGAAAUUGAGGUAGCAAUGACCACAAAGUGGAAAAAUAGAUGGCAGCCAUGAUGGCUACCCUUAUCAGGAGUUUAGCCAAAUCUUAACAGUGAGACUUAGCUUUAGCAUUAGUAAGGUGAGCCAUGGCUUUUUCAGCAGCUAGCUUUCUCCUGAGUUUAGCAAUCUGGUUUGCUGCAAAAAUACACUUUUUCUAGCCGUUUGUUGUACAUGUAAAUUUAAAAAGCUAUUUUCUUAACAAAGGACACACUUAUAUUGCACAUUUUUGUAUAUACAAUGAAAAAGAUCAAAUCAAAACCGUGACAGCUGAUCAUAUAUGUAUUUAAUGUCUUGAUUUACUGUUCGCACCCCAAAGAUUCUUUCAAAUCUGCUUCUAUUCGUAUUAGAGGUUCUUGCUUCAGGUUCAUUGUUUCUUUGGUUGGUUUACACACUUCAUAUUUUAUCUCUACAGACAAGAUCUGUGUUUCAAUGUAAGCUGCAAACACCGGAGGUCAGUAUAACCAAAGCAUUAAGCUGUGAAAGAAUCAAACAGUUACCAGCCAGUGUUUAAAUGACUUGCACCAGUGGUGUGUUCAUUUCAGACAUUAAAGUUUCGCCUUCCCCAGCUGAUGCAAACUCCGUCUUUGUAGCUUGCACAUCUCAGCAGUGGGACGCCUCGAUCCUGCAACCCAGUAAGCCGUGCUCGAUGACCAGCUCCGUGCUUGUAUUGUUUUUAUUUUUGUCUUUUGUUUUCAUGAGCCAACUGUGAAAAAGGGCUAGAGCACACACUGAUGCAGUUUUGUCUGUUAGCUGUAUAUUUAAGUUAUUUAUUUUCUACAGGUAUUGCUUUUCACUGAGCUAUGCAGUAACAGUUGUAGGAUUAUUUAUUAUGACGAGACUUCAUCAUAAGUCGUGUUGUUUUCAGGUCGUACCUCAUCGUCUGUCCUUAUUUCAUACUCGGGCCGUCUGUCUUCUCUGCAUGUGGCUCAUCGACGGAUGCUUUGAGAGGUUUUUCUUUCAGUCUUAAGGCGUACUUUAAGUAUUGCAGCACCUUUGCAUUUUCCUGUAUGAAAGUUCUCAGAGUGUCAUACUUCGCGUUCCUCUUCUUGUAGCAGCGUCAGGCUGUCCACAAAUCUCUCGAGUCCUGAGCUGCAGCUUUAACAGUGUCUCUGCAAAGCCACUUUGGUUUCUUUGAUGGGGACAUAAUCCCCAAAUGGUUGAAAAUCUUCCCCCACCUACACGCCUCUGCAGCAGGUGAGAGGCAUGUCCCUGCAGUAGAUAAUUUACGUCGCAUUUCAUCUCUUUGUUGACAUUUCAAAAGCUUGAGUCAGCAGAUUUAGGACAUUUUGCUGCAGAGGUUAACGUUUUGUUUUUGUUUUUUUUAAUCAGCUAAAUGUUGCAGCCAUAUCUCUGUACCAACAAGUCAUUUAACAACUGAUUUGGACACUUUAACCCAGUCAAACUCCUAUAAAAAUUGAAGUUGAAGACCAAACAAUAACACAAAAUAAACUUUUUUUUUGCUUUUAAGUUCUGUGAACAGUUCAGUGCUUCAGAUCUGUUUUAAAACUCUUGUGCUCUCUUUACUUUAGCUCAGCGCUUCUCAAACUGUGGGGCAGGCCCCACUGAUGGGCCACAGAGACACCGCAUGAAGUGCAAGGAUGAUGAGAAGCAAAAUAGGAAGUGAUUCUAAGCUGAAUAAAAUGUUUUUUGUAAGCAAAUAAAACGGCGUAGAUUGAUUGAAAUUCAAAUUGGGUCCCUUUCUACUGUUAGUGAUUUUAAGGACCUCCUAAAUUUAAGUGCAUGGUUCUGCUGUCUUAACUGAGGCAGGAAAAUGAAUCUCUUCAUUAACUGCUCCUCUCUUCACAUCUCCUCCGUGUCCCUAUACUCUGCAGCUGAUACCUUAAACGUCAUGUGCCACUGCAGUCCGCUCGCUGCUCUUCCUCUUCUUCCUCCUUCUCUCAUGUCGCCAUUUGAAGAAGAAACUUGUAACCAAUAAAGUACUACUGUCCCAAUUCGAGGCACAUCCAGUCAUAGCGCAGCAUCCUUUAGUCCACCAGUCUGUCAGUAGGAAAACAGAGUAGAGGAUUAAAAAAAGGCAUACCUUGCUACAACGACUGUAUCUGAAAAAGAAAGUAAAAUCAGAUUAACAUAUCUUAUAAUCUGAGUAGAAACUCUUUGGAAAUGAUUUGUAACUUCUUUCCAGAAAUAAAUGUUCAUAUUGGUCAAC